CGCCAUGUCUUUUGUUCUCAAUCUUGCAGUCUAUUAUCCGCAAUUCUUCUCUGCCAGCAUGGCCUUGUUUGCUGUACAUUACCCAAACGUUCUUUCUUGUAUAAAGAGCCUGCCUUUUCCUCCUUCAUUCCUCAGCCUCUCCAGCAUUGUUUCUUCUGCAUAGUUUCCUCUCAUUCCAGGCCAAUUUCGUUUCCGUCUUCUGGUUUACUUCCUUUAACGCCGAAUCCAACUAAUAGACAGCUAGAGGCUGCUUUCUUCGGUCUGAACCUCCAUUAACGUCUCAUUCGUACCAUCGUCGAGAUUCCCCAGCGCUCUCUCGCAUUUCUGCUUCGCACUUAAAACUUCAGCACCUCUUGCUAUCUCUUCUAUCGCAGGUCGAUCAUUCUCCCAGUCUCUUUUCGCUCCAUCCAAGGUCUCUCAUCUAUAAUCGCUGCUUUAUCACCGCAUUUUAUUAUCACUAUCAUCAAAAUGGCCUUCUCUGCUUCCACCAGCCUCUCCGUCACUCUUGCUCAUGCCAUCGCUUAUCUCACUCGUCCUCUCAUCGCCGCUUAUCCCGCUACGACUAUUAUCAGACUUCAGUCUAUAUUAGAGGCCAACCUUACCGCCCAAUUUGCUCCCUCCUGGGUUCCUUCUGAGCCUCUCCGCGGUUCCGGUCGCCGUUGCCUUACUCUCUCCCCCAACUGCCUCCCACCCCGCGCGGUAUACACUGCUUGUCUCGCCGCUGGUGUUCAGUGGUUCGACUGGAUUGUUACCUUGGGAGGCACAGAGUUUGACUUCUUCGUGGACCCUGGCUGUAUCUCCCUUCGCUUUGGGAAAGGCGCCAAACUCGUCACCGUCUGGUCUGAGGAGCUGGCCGCUAAACUUGGAACCGCCCAGUCCACUGUUGUCGGCGCUGGGAUGCAGACACAGUCUAAGGGUCAGGCUGGUGUUUAUGCAAAGGCUCAUGCCAAGACGCUUGCUCAGCAGCUUUUGGAGGAUGAUGAGGACGAGGAGCUUUUUGCUAUGAUUGCCGACGAAGUCAAUGCCCCGAGCUGGAUGACUCCCAUUCUCGACCAAUUCCCAGCUCCUGUUCGAUCUGAAUCUCCUCUCUCCAUGGAUUCCACCCACUCCCGCUGCAGUUCUCGUUCGUCGAACUCGAGCUCAGGCUUCUCAUUUGCCUCUUCAUUCAAGACUCUAGGAUCAUGUAGCACAUCUUCGUCUUUAUCCAUGGCUUCAUCUGCGAAGUCUGGGGUUAGCAGCGACAAGUCAGGUGUUAAGCUUUCCCGGCGCGAAAAGGCCAGAUUGGCUCGAGUCUACGUCGAUACGACCAAGAAUGCGGUGACGCCUUACGACGGAGGCAAGACCACCGUACUUACUGGUGGUGUUAUGCUUGGAGCGGCACCCUCUGCCAAAGUUAACAAGGCCGCAACGCAGCCUUCUCAAAACUGGCGCAGGUUUUAAAUAUUCGCCACUCGUUAUCUUCUCUAUGAAAAAUCGGGCUUUUCAUCGACUUUUUUCACGACAAGCUGCAAUAUUUCUGUACGAUAUUCACGACCAUACUGGACUAUCUCCUGAGUAUACUUUACGAAGCACCAUUUAAAACUCUAUAUCAUAGUAUUUUCUCUCCACUGUUUCCAUAACUUGUAGGAUCUAGAUUAAAUGUAUACCACGUUAUACCUGCAUUACUGUCAUUCGCAUACUCUCUUUGUUUUUCUUGCAAUUUUCUGGGUUACAUAGCUGUCUUUUGUAAUUUUGCGACGAUCAAUAAUCAUAUUUUGGUCACGACUU